UUCGCCUCGGCUGAGCUGCGGCUCUCUAGCCUCUAGCCUCACCCGGGCCACGAGGCAGGCUCUACUCGCACGGCAUGGAGAAGGACGACGACGAGGAGGGCAACGACAACGACGACGACUCUAACGAGCACGCGGGCGACGAGGACGACGCAGGGGGGGGGAGGCCGCGGCCGCACCAGGAGCGGCGUGCCUCGCGGGAAGCGGCCGACGCGCGGCCGCCCGCGCGGGGGAUGGAGCUCACGCUACUCGGCCCCCGGCGACGCGCCCUGCUGCUCGGAGAAGCCGCAGGCCUGCGGCGAGUUCGCGCGCGCUCGCGCGAACAGCGCGGCACGAGAAGGCGGGUCCAAGAACGAACUUCCCGAGGCAACGACGAAAAGCGACGGCCGAGGACCGAAAUGAAUGGGCCCACAGAGUAAAGCGGUGGCCGCGGCGAACGACGG